AUGGUGAACAGUCCUUCUCAAACACUCGACAAAAUGGUCAAAAUACCGAAAGUCGGAAACCCGGUGACCGCAAUUCGGAACGCGUUCACUGUCAAGCCUGAGCAGAAGAGCGAAGAUGGACGAGAUCAAUGGCAGUCACGAACGUCCUAUCUACUGGCAUCAAUGUGUGGAGCUAUCGGCUUUAGAAACCUUCUGCGAUUCCCAUCUCAAGUCUUCAACAACAAUGGCCUGCAGUGGUUCAUCCCGUACUUUAUGGCGCUGGCUCUACUAGCGAUUCCAGUACUCAUCUUGGAAGUCUCCAUCGGCUCUGCCCUCCGUGGUGGCCCAAUACUGGCCUGGAAUGCCGUCAACAAGCGAUCGCGUGGCGUCGGUUUGGGAAAUCUGUGGGUCACUGCUCUGGUCUGCCUGUACUAUGUGCCAAUGCUGUCCUGGGUUCUGCGCUUCUUCCGAGCUUCGUUUGAAAGUCCGUUGCCUUGGGAAGGUCGCGUGGCGGAGUUCUACGAGCAGACUGUAGUCGCCAAUGUGGCACCAAUACCAGCUACAGCAGCCGAAGCCAUCGAGCAGGGCGUGAUGAUGUCGUACCCCGGUGCGGGCCUCAUCGGGGAGCAAGUUGGCUGGACUGCGUUCUCUUGGGUCGUGAUCUGGCUUUGCCUGUUCAAUGGUGUCAAGACCACUGGCAAGGUCGUCUACUUCACUAUGGGUCUUCCAAUUUUGAUCGUUGUUGUCCUGAUAGUACGGAGCGCCACUCUUCCCAACGCGAUCGAUGGUAUACGACUCUACGUGGGCGAGUUCAACGCUGGUCAACUGGCUGGAGGUCAAAUAUGGCAGGAUGCUCUAGGACAAGUCUUCUACUCAACCGGUGUCGGCUUUGGCUACUACACCGCAUACGCAUCGUAUAAUUCCCGCAACGCGAAUGCCGUACAGGACUCCAUCAUCAUCUGCUGUUGCAACUCGCUCUUUGAAAUUGCUUGCGGAUUUGCUGUCUUCGGCGUCGUCGGCUUCCUGGGAAUGACGCCUGAAUCUACCGGAAGAGUUGGAUCGUUUGUCUUGGGCUUCAUCACAUUACCAGAAGGUCUGGCUCUCAUGCCUGGAGCACAAGUUUGGUCGGUCAUCUUCUUCUUCACCCUGUUCAUGCUCGCGGUGAGUUCGGCGUUUGUCAUGACAGACGCCAUGGUAACGGUCGUCCACGACUCGGACUGGGGACGAAAGUGGCCGAGAGUUUACAUCACCACGGGAGUGAUCAUCUGCGGCUUCCUGGUCUCGAUGAUCUACAACACACAGUUUGGCUCCUAUCUGCUUGAUGCAGUCGACCUGAACACGAAUAACAUAGUGCUACCUUUCGCGGUCUUCGCAGAGUGCUAUGCAGCGACAAUCAUCUACCGCAGCGUCGACGUGAUUGGACAAUGUGGAGUCCCAGCUUUCGCCGUACACCAGCUGGGCUAUAUAGGCGGCAUGAUCGGCGGUCUUGCACUCGCCCAUAUGGUCAGCAUACCGGGGGGGAUCGCUUUCGGCUUUGGACUCUACUUCGUCUGCUUCGCAGUAUCUGUGCUUUUGGCUAAAACGCCAGACUCUAUGCCGCCAAGGUUUUGGUCGAAUAACACACUGCUAUGCCGUGCUUGGUGGCUCGCAGCGUACUCGGGUAAUCAACUCGUCCGCGACCUCAACGUGUCAGUGGCGACUGGAAAGAACUGGCCGUUGACAUGGUACUGGCCACUGAGCCUUCGCUACAUUUCCUGUCCGAUCCUGGCCAUCGUCUUCUCAUUCAGCUACCCGAGCUUUAUUGCAGUUCGGUCUGAUCCGCUCAUGGUCUUCGCCUUUGUGAUGGGCCACCUGGCUAUACUCACCAUCGUCUCGUUGUUCAUUGUCCCGCAAUGGCUCAGUCCUAUCAUCCCAGCUGAGCGUAGACACGAAGGAGAUAGAGGCUAUGCUCCUCAAGUUGUCUUUGGAGCUGAUGAUGUACGGCUCACGACGGGGGUUGAGGCCAACCGGAGCAGUAGCGAUGAUAGCACGGUCGGGAAGAAGGAGAUGGACAUGGCGGCAGAUCAGCGAUUGUCUGUCAAUGAGCUCCGUGGCGUUGAUUCGCAGGCACAAGAGGUUGUCGAUCCCCUGCGUGCUUCGAGAAAGUGA